GACAGUCAGUGAGUCAGAUUCGCUUAAAUAAAAAGGCCUCCUUUCCCCUGACCUUCCGCCCCUCAUUCAUUCAUUUGCGAUUUCGUUCAUUCGUGCAAGUUGUUGGGUGCUUCCCAACAGACGGCGAGAGAUAACCUUGUACGCCAUUAGAGGCCCACCUCCCCCAGAUUCUACGCGUCCUCCUCCUCCUCCUCUUCCUCUUCCUCAGCACACCACCGGAAGCUCCUCAGCUGAUUGGCUUCCGGGUCAGUGCGGAGAGGGAGAUCGCUUCCCCUUGAAUCCUCGAUAUCCCCUCCGUUCUUUUAGGAUCGAUGGAGGAAUCGGAGACGAGGAGGAUCGAGGAGGAAGUGCGCAGGGCGGUGGAGCAAGCCAAGGAGCUCCAGGACUCGGCCUCCUCCCUCGUCGCCAAGGCUUCCGGCGAGGAGCAGUCCAUGCGGCAGCGCGCGUCUGCCCUCGACUCCACCAUCCGCCGCCUAAGGUCCUCGAUCGAUUCCCAGCUCGCCCACAAGCUUCUAGAUCCGAAGCUUGCCGACAAGCUAGAAGAAGACUUGCAGAAGGCGAGGUGUGUAAUAGCGGAUGGAGACGCCUCUGCCUUCCUUCCUUCUAGAGCUCAAGUGGGGUUUCUUAGGAUGUUUCUGGGCCCAAUCGACGUCCGUGCCUCGAAAAAAGAUGUCCAGCUGAAGGUUAAAGAAGAGUACAACAGUUACAGAGAUAGAACUGCUCUCCUGUUUCUCCUCUUCCCAUUGGCACUGCUUAUAUUAAGAUCUUGGCUCUGGCAUGGGUGCUUGCCUGCGUUCCCUGUUCAGCUAUAUCAAGCAUGGUUGCUAUUCCUCUACACAGGUUUGACACUGCGAGAGAACAUAUUGAGAGUAAAUGGAAGUGAUAUUCGUCCUUGGUGGAUAUACCAUCACUAUUGUGCGAUGAUUAUGGCCCUGGUCAGCCUCACAUGGGAGAUUAAAGGACAACCGAAUUGUGCCCAGAAGCAGAGGGGAGUACAACUUUUCUUGCAAUGGGCGAUGAUGCAAGGGAUAGCUAUGCUUCUACAGAAUAGAUAUCAACGACAGAGACUUUAUACUCGCAUUGCUUUGGGAAAGGCAAAGAGAAUGGAUGUUGUCUGGGGAGAAACGGCUGGUGUUGAUGGGCAGCUGUGGCUACUCUGCCCCGUAUUGUUCAUUAUGCAGGGUUUUGAGGCAUAUGUUGGGCUAUUGUUGCUCAGGACUGCAUUUGCUGGGGUGGCCUCUGAAUGGCAGGUUGUAUUUUGUGGGUUUCUCUUGGUCCUGAUGGCGGUCGGAAACUUUGUGAACACGGUACAGACGCUCAUGGUCAAGUCAAGGUUUAAGGCAAAGAUGAAGAAAUCCAAGAGCAGGCAAGAAUUGAAUUGAAAAUCACAUCCUGAUUGGGCUGGUAUCUCGGUGAAGAAGAACGGAUUUUGUAGGAUCCCAAUUUUGGAAAUCUAUUGCUUCUUUCCCCUUUUUUUUGGUAAGAUUUUUGACUCUUUCUUGUUCUUUUUCUAAUAGAUGAUUCUUCAUGACCAUUUUAUUGUGGCUUGUGGCUGUGAAAAGAAAUAGAUAUCUGUUUAAGUUUAGACUGAAUUCGUCAA